AUGAGCUGCGCCGGGGGGAGCGUCGUCCUCCCUCCCGGGGAGCCGCAGCGAGACCCCGCCACCCCGCUGGAGCUGCCGGCCGGAGCGGGGGAGGCGAGCGGCGACACCCCAGAGGAGGGAGAGAGGGGCGGCCCCGGCGCGGGCGAGGGCCGGAGGGGCGGCUCGGAGAGCGGCCGCGCCGAGGCGGGGGCCGCCGCCGCCGGCGACAAACCCGAGACCCGCUCGGUGUGCAGCAGCGAGAGCGGCAGCGGCAGCCACCCCGGCGGGGCCGGCCCCAUCUGCAAGAUCUGCUUCCAGGGCCCCGAGCAGGGUGAAUUGUUAAAUCCUUGCCGCUGCGAUGGGUCGGUACGAUACACGCAUCAGCUUUGCCUGUUAAAGUGGAUAAGUGAAAGAGGGUCAUGGACCUGUGAACUCUGCUGUUACAGAUACCAUGUUAUAGCAAUUAAAAUGAAGAAGCCUUGCCAGUGGCAAAGCAUUACUAUAACACUGGUUGAGAAAGUGCAGAUGGUUGCUGUAAUCCUAGGAUCUCUGUUCUUAGUAGCAAGUGUGACUUGGCUUCUAUGGUCAGCCUUCAGCCCUUAUGCAGUAUGGCAAAGAAAGGACAUCCUUUUUCAAAUCUGCUAUGGAAUGUAUGGUUUUAUGGAUCUAGUAUGCAUAGGACUGAUAGUACAUGAAGGUGCAUCUGUUUAUCGAGUGUUUAAGCGCUGGAGGGCUGUGAAUCUACACUGGGAUGUGUUAAAUUAUGAUAAAGCCACAGACAUAGAAGAGAGCAAUCGAGGAGAACCCUCAGCAGGAAGGACAUUGUGGUUACCACUGACUGCAUUUAGAAACAGAAGUUUAGUUCAUCCAACACAGUUAACCUCACCAAGAUUUCAGUGUGGCUAUGUAUUGUUACAUCUGUUCAACCGCAUGAGACCUCAGGAAGAUUCAUCAGAAGAUAAUGUCUCUGGGGAAGUAGUGAUGAGAGUCACCUCAGUGUAA